AUGUUCCAAGCUUACCAGUUCGGCUUUUGGGGGAGGUUUAAGGCCACAGUUGCACGAUGCCCCGUCCGAGAUGACGAGGCGAGACGAUUCGUAUCUGACAAAGACUCUGCUGCUCGUCCUGGCCGCCCUUGUGUCGUCUUCCUCUACAGGAAACGACGUUACUCCCCACACCUCGCUCGCUCUCCUUCUGCGAAAGGAAUCUCCUGCAGUGUUUCCAAUCCUACAGUGGGAGAAGAUUUGAGUACGACCUAUGAGGCGCACCUGACGACGACAGAAACGAGCACGCUGGCACCUGAGCGUUCCUCGCCUCAAAGCGCGCCUCGAAACGCCACCUCGGGAGUUCCUGGAGUCCGGUUCUGUGGCGUCCCCGAUGAUCCCGAUAUUUUCAAUAGGACGCGGGGUCAGCGAGUUAAACGGUACAACGCGCAGGGGAGAAAAUGGAACAAAAAGACCCUCACUUGGACGCUCCGGAGGUCCAGCAGCCGGGCUGAUCUUCCUGAAGGGGUCAUCAGACAGCAGCUGACGGCGGCCAUGCACGUCUGGGAGCGCGAGUCGACCCUCAUCUUUCAGGAGGUCCACAAAGACACCAAAGACGUGGAUAUCAUCGUCAGCUUCGAAACAGGAGACCACGGCGACGGCUACAAGUUCGACGGUCAGGGCGGCACCCUCGCGCACGCCUUUUAUCCUGGGGGAGGCAUAGGGGGCGACAUGCACUUCGACGACACUGAAAAAUUCGUGACGCAUCUCGAGGCCAAAAAGUACGUGUCCAACAGCCUGCUCGUGACGGCGGCGCAUGAGCUCGGCCACUCGCUGGGGCUGCUCCACUCCGACGUCUCCACUGCCCUCAUGGCGCCCUUUUAUCAGGAGUUCCCUCCGGAUUUCCGCCUCCCGACGACGACAGGUACGGCAUCCAAGCCCUCUACGGGACCCAGAUCCUCUUACCGUCUACUACUGAGCAGCCCUUCGAGCCAUCUACAGGCGCCGUACAUACCACCACGCGCGGUUUCUACGCGACCGCCCCUCCCACACGCCCUCCCCAAAGCCUACCGCCUCCAACAAGGGCCCGUGCCCUACGACCCGCCAACGCCCCACACCCCGGAGCCCCCAUCUCAGCCCUGUCCGAUCGAGCCCCCCGAGCCCGGAGUGCCUGACACGUGCUCCACGGAAUACGACACCGCAACCGUGUACCGCGGCGACCUCUAUUUCUUCAAAGACAAGUACUACUGGCGCGUGGACCGAAGGGGAAUGCCGUCCAUGAGAGAGUUUCCUUAUAAGAUCAAGUCUCGCUUCUACGGACUGCCUCGUGGCGUCGACCGCAUCGACGGCGUUUACGAGGACCGCCAAGACCACCUGGUUUUCUUCAGCGGUCCCAAUUACUUCGUGCUUGACCAUUUCUUCCGCCUGAGGAGGAAGGGCGUUAUAUCGGACCUCCGGGUGAACGCCACGCACAUCGACGCAGUGAUGGUCUGGGGGCACAACGGCCGCACUUACCUCUUCAGCGGCAACAAUUACUGGCGACUCGACCGCCAGGGAAUGGCCGAGAUGGACUACCCGCGCGACGUGAACGUGUGGCGAGGCCUCCCUCACAACAUGUCCGCGGCCUUCACUUUUCACUCAGUCACCUACUUCCUUGCAGGCCGCGUCUACUGGCAGUUCAACAACACAGCCAUGAGGGCCGUUAGAUCCCCUUACCUGACGGCCUCACACUGGCUCAGCUGCCCCUUCCACGACCUGUCGCAGGCCACCCGCUGCUCCAGCCGCUCGCCGGCCUCCCUCGCGCCGACUCCAGCUGUCACCGCCACCCUCGCUCUCCUGGCCGCUGCUCUCUGCGUCGGCCCCGAGUAG